CCAUCGUGCCCCGCGCUCCGCAGGGCUGGAGAUCGGGCGGGCGGACUGCGGACAGUGGGGUGAGUGAGUGCAUCGGCAGCCCCCCCGCUUCGGCCCCGCCGCUUCCCCCUGCUGCGGGGAGCGGAGCCAUGGGCGGGGAGGACGAGAUCGUGCGCAUCGCCAAGCGGCUGGACAAGAUGGUGUCCAAGAAAAGCGCGGAUGGUGCAAUGGAUUUGCUGAAGGAACUGAAAAGUAUGCCUAUCACUCUGGACCUGUUACAGUCCACCCGGAUUGGGAUGUCGGUGAAUGCGUUGAGGAAGCAGAGCACUGACGAGGAAGUGAUAUCGCUUGCCAAAUCACUUAUCAAGUCCUGGAAAAAGCUUCUAGACGCUUCGGAGGACAAAAGUGAGGAGAAGAAGAGGAAUUCUUCCUUGUCGGCAUCCUCCUCAAAAGAGAGCGGUGACUCAAGAGACCAAAGCUCCAACAAAAGGCAGGACCCACCGAAGACUCCAACCACACCGAAAAUCACCACCUUUCCGCCGGUGCCCGUCACCUGCGACGCUGUCCGCAACAAAUGCAGAGAAAUGCUGACUUCUGCUCUGCAGACCGACAGUAACUACAUUGCUAUUGGUGCUGACUGUGAGCACCUCUCUGCCCAGAUUGAAGAAUGUAUCUACCAAGACGUCAAGAACACCGACAUGAAGUACAAAAACCGCGUGAGGAGCCGCAUCUCCAACCUGAAGGACUCCAAAAACCCUGAGCUGAGAAAGAACGUGUUGUGUGGAGCAAUCACCCCGGAGCAGAUUGCAGUGAUGACCUCAGAGGAAAUGGCCAGUAACGAGCUGAAGGAGAUUAGGAAGGCCAUGACGAAGGAAGCGAUCCGGGAGCACCAGAUCGCUAGGACGGGAGGGACCCAGACUGACCUCUUCACCUGUGGGAAGUGCAAGAAGAAGAACUGCACUUACACGCAGGUGCAGACCCGCAGCUCCGAUGAGCCCAUGACCACCUUCGUCGUGUGUAACGAGUGUGGGAACCGCUGGAAGUUCUGUUGAGACGUCUGUGAGCCCGGCGGCGGCAGCCGAACCUGGACGGACCAUAACCUAUAUUCUCUGACUUCUCCAGCCAUUGUGUACUGUAUCCCAAGUGAGUUUCCUUUGUCACACACUAAGUGCAUCAUCUUGGGGGGAGGCCUGGCUCUCAGAUUGUGCACCUGUGGAGAGGGAGCAGCUGUGACUGGAAUCCAGGGGGCAGGCGGACUGGUGGGAGAGUUCACUCCAUGCAUUUUGGCUGUAUUUUCUCAUCCAGAUAAGUAUUGUCAUUUUUUCAUAACAGUAUUAAACUUCUUUUGUUUUGUUUU